AUGUCAGAGGUGAAGCUCUCAAAAAAACAAGCCAAGUCUUUGGCUUUCAGAAAGCCUAAAGCUGAGCGUGAGCAAGAAAAUUUAGAGAAGCAGCAAGAGAAAGAGAAAAGAAAGAGAGAAGAAGACGAAAAAGAACAGGCUGCAAAGGAAAAUGAAGGAGAAGAAGCGCCAAAGAAAAAGAGAAAAACGAGAAGAGGAAAGAAAGGUAAAGGUGUCAAUGGUGGCAGCGGUCCAAGGUUCCUCCUAUUUGUGGGCAAUCUUCCCUACGAUAUUCAACAAGCCGAGCUUGUGUCACACUUCAAGAAUGCCAAUCCGGACCGGAUCCGGAUCAGAAAGGAAAAAGGAAUUGCGUUUUUGGAGUUUGAUAACGACAACCAGGAGAUUCAGAGUAAAAUGGACACUGCACUUCGAAUGCAUCACUCUGUGAUUCGUAAUAGGAAAAUCAAUGUGGAGCUCACAGUCGGUGGCGGUGGUAACUCUGAGUUCAGACAGCAAAAAUUGAAGGAAAAGAACGACAAGUAUGACGAGGAGCGCAAGACAAAACAGAAGGAGGAGGACAAGAAGAAGAAGAAGGAGGAGAAGCUGGUUCCAGAAGGCAUGCAUCCAGCUCGUGCCGCCAUGAUGAAGCAGCAACAGGAGUAA